AUGUGCCAGAAUGUACGCAAAGGAGAGAAUGCCUUGCCUGGAGUUCCUAAAGAUGUAGUGGUGAAAGAACUCUGCAGUGCUAAGAUCCUCAAGGGCAAAGCUGAUAGAUUCCUACUGGAUAUCGUAAGUGAACCAUCGUUCGUCCAAGAUUUAGAUCGACAUAAUACAGAGCGCUCUUGCGACCAAUUUAGAAUUUUGCUAAAAUUCUAUUUGGCAUAUAUUUCACUACAGGAGAGAAGUGCCGGCUAUAUCCAUCCGAAUGUAGCUCACGUGUAUGGCGCCACGUUUUACGGACCUCUAGCACUUGUGAUGGAGUACUUUCCACUCGGCGAUCUGAAGAGUUAUAUGAAAAAUAG